AUGGCUGCAAACGGUGAUUUUCAGACGACAUCCCAAAGGUUUUUGUCGUGGUUCAAGUCUUUGUCGGGCGCCACUUUCCACGAUGACAUUCAGAUCGUCGACCUGAGAGGCCAAAACGCUGGGCGAGGAAUGGUGGCCACAAAGGACAUCGCACCUGAGACAGUCCUCUUCACCAUCCCAAGAAAAAGUAUCAUCAAUGUCGAGACGUCUGAGCUUCCCAAGAAGAUUCCUCAAGUCUUUACCGGCAAUGAUGGAGAUGACGAGGACAUGGAGAAUGAGCCCCUCGACUCAUGGGGUUCUCUUAUCCUCGUAAUGAUUUAUGAGUACCUCCAAGGCGAUGCUUCACCCUGGAAGCCUUACUUUGAGGUCCUUCCUGAGAAGUUUGACACACUCAUGUUCUGGGAGUCUUCUGAGCUCGAAUACCUCAAGGGAAGCGCUGUAUUGUCAAAGAUUGGAAAAGAUGAAGCCGACGAUAUGUUCCGUUCGCGAAUUCUGUCGGUCAUCGCAGCCAAUCCAGCCGUCUUCUACCCUGCAGGUGCCUCGCGAUUGGCUGACGCAGAGCUCCUGCGAUUGGCUCACCGCAUGGGUAGCAUCAUCAUGGCUUACGCCUUCGACUUGGAGAACGAAGAGGAGCCGGAAGAGGAGGAAGAGGAAUGGGUUGAGGAUCGCGAGGGCAAGUCAAUGCUGGGUAUGGUACCCAUGGCUGACAUCUUGAACGCCGAUGCAGAGUUCAAUGCUCAUGUCAAUCACGGUGACGAUGACCUCAGCGUCACCGCUCUGCGAACAAUUCGCGCAGGAGAGGAGAUCCUGAACUACUACGGCCCUCACCCAAAUUCUGAGUUGCUUAGAAGAUACGGCUAUGUCACUCCCAAGCAUUCUCGGUACGAUGUGGUUGAGAUUCCGUGGGACCUGGCGCAGUCUGUACUCAAUGAACAGUUGAAGCUCACUGACGAGGUCUGGAAAAAAGUGGUACGUACCGAGAAUAUUCAACCAGAGAGAAAGGCAAUCGAAUUAACGGGAGUGGCGCAGGGAGAAUACAUAGACCCUGAAGACCUCGAGGAUGUAUUUGUCCUCGAGCGUGAGUCAGGAGAGCCAGACUCGGAAGGACGACUCACAAACCCCGCCAAGGUCCAGGAGGUUUCUGCAGAGCUUGAAGAGCAGCUGAAGGGUAUCUUGAAGCUCCUCAAGAAGAUGAAUGCUGAUCUCAUCCCUGAUAAGCGGAAACGCGAUGAAAUCUACCAGCACGUUGUUGUGUCCACCCUGCAGAAACUUCUGGCGCAGUACCCGACGACAGCCGAGGAAGAUGAGGCUUUGCUGGCAUCGGGCAGCUUGACACCUCGUCAGAAAAUGGCUGUUGAGGUAAGACUUGGCGAGAAGCGUCUUCUGAAGGAGGCUCUUCAAGUGGUGGGUACCAGCGGUUCCGUAGAGGAAGCUGCUGGCGAGGAAGAGUCGGACAGAGCUUCCAAAAGGGUGCGACAUUAG